GGAUAACCGAGUUACAGGAGGAGAUGGCGAAGAUGGCGAAGAUGUAAAGGGAGGUGCAGUCUUUGCAUAAAGACAUGGACAAUGGUCAAGCUCAACUUGCUCAACUGGAGGCGACCAUCCCUGCCCUUUUGGCUGAGACCAAAGUUUUGGUUAUGCAAAAGGCGACGUUGACUGAUGAUCGACUUGCGAUCCACAAGUUAGAGGCCACUCAAUUGCAUCAAGCUGCAAGCAAUGCCUUUAUUCUCUUGCGAGCCAAGAUAUCCAACAUCGCCAAACGUCUCAACGACUGAUCACCUCUUGGAUUCGAGUGACAUCAUUCAUCCUUGUACCAUACCAUCAUAGCUUUCUUUUGUUUAAUUUUAGUUCUUUUGGAAGCCACGUCUUUGUAUGGCUUCGAAAUCUCGGAUUUUUCUCACUUUGCAUUGUCGGAAACAUUGACCAUACUUGGUCUUUAUAUUAUGUCGGAAUUAUUUGGUUUGAUAACUAUCCCUUCUUUCUCAAUCAUGGAUGGUACAAUAUAUCCAAAAGGUGGCAAGGUAACCAUGUUUUGGCCCUUCUGCUUCCUAGAUAGAAAAACAAACCCCUUUUAAUGGCCAAUCCAGAAAAUAUUUAUCCUGGCCAUCUUACUCCUCAUCCAUGUUGCACAUCUUAGAAACCAUGUUAACUUUGACUAGGUAUCCAUGUGCACUAGGCCAACUUCUAAAUCAUUGACAUUCCGUAACGUCACAAAGGGACGGUAAGUAUGGCUUAAGGUACUUGCCAUGAAUUAAGCGCUCAUGUUGUACACCAUCCAAAUCUUUCAAUAAGUAAGACCAUGGGGACGUACAACAUGAAACGAUAAAGGGCCCACGCCAAUUAGGAGACCACUUACCAAAUUUUUUAUAUUUUCACCAAUUGGCAAAUGCAACUUCCAUACUAGCUCUCCUUCCUCGAACGACUUAUGCUUUAACUUUUUGUUGUAUGCCCUAGCCACUUUGGCCUUUUAUACCUAGAUGUUAUCAAGAGCUUGAUGUUAUAGCUCAUCAAGUUCGGACAACUCCAACAUCAUUGACUCAUAAUACUCGGAAGGAGUCAAUUCGUGUUGCUUCAUGUAUCGUAGAGACUACCGUUAUCUCCACCGGCAAAAAGGCCUCAUGGCCAUAUGUCAAAGAGAAAGGAGUCACUCUCGUACUACUACGUGGUGACAUUCUAUAGGCCCACAGUGCCUCUAAUAGCACCUCAUGGCAAUUCCUUGGAUUGUCCUCAAUCAUUUUGGACAAGAUCCCUUUUACCGCCUUAUUGGAUGAUUCUGCUUGACCAUUGGCUUUAGCAUAAUAAGGUGUGGAGUGGAUGAUCUUAAUGGAAAACUCCAUUACCUGUGCUCCAGUGAAUAUUGUCCCUUGAUCGUUUGUUAUAAUGGCUGGCAAACCAAAAUGAUGAAUAAUGUGUUCGUUGAUAAAAGAAAUCACCCCCCCCCCCUGGUUCACCGUCUUUAUUGUUUUUGCCUCUAUCCACUUAGUAAAAUAAUCAGUAGCCACAAUGAUAAAUGUAUGUUGCUUAGAUGAUGGGGGAUAAACUUGUCCAAUUAGAUCCAUUUUCCAACCAAAUAAUGGUUAAGGCUUAACGAUAGAUCUCAAAUUAAUGGGCAGGUGCUCAUUGCACUGGUCCAUGACGUUGGCAAGCUUCACAUCCCUUAGAAAAUGUUGCACAAUCAGGCCCAAUAGUUGGCCAGUAGUAUCUAUAUCGAUGCAAUAUCCACCUCAUGUAUGGACCAGCUUGAUGUGCUCCACAUAUUCCAUCGUGGACCUCAUCCAUAGCUUGUAAAGUCUCUUUGCCCCCCCCCCCCCCCCAAACAUUUGAGCAACAAACCAUCCCUGCUUUUUUUGAACAGUGUCCCAUCUAGUAAGACAUAGUUCCUAGCCCGAAAUUUGGUAGUAUGGUCUGCAUCCCCACUUGGAUUUUGCAAGUAUUUCACUAGAGGAGCACGCCAGUCAUUGGCGUCAUCUUCAAUCACGCACACCUCAACAACUUGUUUCAUCCUAUCCCUCUAAGGGCUAAUAGUUUGCAUGAAUAUUUGAUCUCUUCCUCCACUAACAAACUCUCUGAAGCCAGUUUCCAGCUGAGCCAGAUAGUUGGCCUUGCCAUUAUCCAUACGAGGAAUAAACUUGAUGGUCAUAUUAUCAAAAUAAGAGAUCAACACUUUGACACGCUCAAGAUACAACUCUAACAAAUAGUUGGCAGAUUG